AUGGUCGUGACCUUCGUCAAACCCACGAACGCCAACACAUUCGGCACAGCUGUAUAUCUCCAGUCAAAACACGCCGAGCUGCAACAGAAAUGGGCGACUCAUAGCGAUCGAGUCGCGGACCUUUGGCGUUUUUUUGCACCAAGCCAACGCGAGGCGGUUUUCCGGGCCGGAGUGAAACAAGGCCAGGUUCUAAAGGAUCCCAAAGAUAGAUCGAUGUUCCGAGCUUUCGCAUUGUAUCCUGAGAUGAAUGUUCGUGACAUCAAAGGCUCGUCAGAUUAUUUCCUGAAUCAUUUCGAGUUCCGCGCUGUCACAGGCCUAAUGUACCAAUACCGUAUAGGCCUCAAAGGUGCAAAGGGCGAUCAUCAAUUUGUCGCAGAGAGCAUGCGCGUCAACGAUGUACGGUCUAUUCAUGACGUCGGGAACGAGUCUAUGCUUUUCUUGGAUGAAGACAAAUACGGGGAUGUUUUCAAAAUCAAUGGCGAGGAAAUCAACAAGAAGAUCCUUGCUGAACUUGCGCCGGCUAUCAAAGCGGGGAUGGUGGUCCCUCGAGGCGUUGGGGAACUCAUUUUGGAGCGGCAGUGCUAUCUUUUCCAGCAUAUCUGUGUUUUGGUCGACAACAUUCUAAGACUUGGCUCCAUUAUUGACGACGGGGUUAAAGAAUACAUAACGCCGGAAGAGGAAGCACGGAUUGCUUUCUCAGCUUUUCCCGACAAGAAGAAUCCACAGCCAAUCUGUGUGCAGGAUCUUAUCACUGCUGCUGUAGAUCGAAAGAUGUCUUUCGAAGCGCAGUGGGAUCUCUAUCGCUCAAAUCCUGAUUAUCUUGCAAAUGCAGUCAAUCUUUGGUACUCGACUAGACCGGACCUUGUCCCAGACGAGAAGGGCCGACGUAUGCCUUUUACAUCUGACGAGUAUGUCAGCUGUGCUAUCUUCGAGAUAAUUCACAACACCGUCAUGGGCAUUGCCAUCUGGGAUAUUAUUUCUGCUCUGUGUCAGAUCCGCAUCGAACCGUCAGAAGACAUUCAACAAGAUAUCAUCCUGCAAGAAAUUUCGAAUAUCUGUCACUACGAGUAUGAUCGGGUUCGGAAGGAUUUUAAGCGCUUUGCCCAGAUUGGCAGCGGCUCCAAACAUUUCAAACGACUCGCAAAGGUAUUUGACAAUGGUACGCCACGUGUUGUGUUGAAGUCCAUACCGGAUCGUUUAGUCAAAGAAGAACCGCAACUACACUACAUUCUCCGUCUUUGUCAGCCUGAGAACGGUCCAAUUCAAGCAGUGCAUUGGAACAACAUGAUAGCCCAGCUGCAUCACAAUCAGCCUCUCGAGCGAGACAAAUUGGAAGAAUGGGAGUUCGAGGCGUAUGGUGAAGUUUCUCUGACGAUCAAUCUUGUCAACACAUUGAUCGUGUCGCUUGAACUGCCCUCAGCUAGCGCCAAGAAGGGAUUGACAUACAUUUCAAAGUUAAAAGAGGUCAUGGCUAGGCUUGAUCCUUUGAAGAUACAUACCAGUCUUCGUAGAUUCCCCAUUUUCCUCGAUGAUCUCAAACAUCCCGACACGACUGUAGAAGCCUUGAGCAUUGUGGAUCGAUUCAGCGAAUAUUACGCAGGCGGCUCCAUGAUUGCUUUAUACCAGAAUCUCAACAAAGAGUUUCUCGAAGAUCUCGAGGUUCAAUUGCAGGAAGUAAAGGGACCGAAAAAGGCGAAGGGCAAGUGUUCGUCCACAAAAUCGGCGGAGCCUUACGGUUCGACAACUCAGCGUCAAGGAAUACAUGCCGACCUGGCUCUGUCCUACGAUCCAUCUCUUGCAAGUCUGAGUCGGAAAUUGGCAUUGUUCUUUAAAACCAAAUCAAAAGUUGCGACUGAUUUCAAUGAUUUCAAGACAACUACUGAGUGGGGAAAUUCUGCAAACCCAGAAUCUUCUGUUUGGCCGGACACAUCCAACGAAUUUGAGACAUCGACUGACCAAGAUGUUCCUACUUAUUAUUCACCACCCUCUGAAGCAGAAGCAUUCGAUUGCUUGCAAAAGCAACCAACAACUCCUGAAGAUAUACCACGUAUCGAAUCACCAGUACCCAAAGAACCAUCGAAAUCCGCCUCGCUGAAAUCAUCAACUAGAACUGAUCUCGAAAUGUCGUUCCACGCGCAAAUGCCUGCAGAAUCGGAUAUUUUCUCUCAAGUGGAUGCCUCUGUUAGAGUUGACGCAUCUGAGGUGCUUUCCACAACUGCUAAGUCGAAAUCAUCCGGCAGCCCAGGACCGUCUGCUCGACCGAAUACGCCUACUAAGUCUGAGACGGGCGAGGUCGAGCAGGAGCCGGCUGAGGAACCGGAACUAUCUGCAGACGCACUGCACGCCAGCCUUGAAAAGUCUCUAGAGGCGACAACCACCGAAGACGAACUGUUCAUUGGGCCAGGUCCAUAUGUCCAAUUGUCGACCUCGACUAUUAUGGAGGUGCUUGCUGGGCUGGGCUUGUCCGACUCAGAUCCAGCUGACGAACCUGAAAUAUUUCCAUCUGAAUACAUCAAAUUGGAUUCAAACCACACAGCUAAACCAGAGACUUCCACCCAUUCCGACACGGACGAGGAUAUAACCCCAGGAACCUUCAAAGUUUCCCCUAGAACGUUACAGGCCUUCUCUACAAUCUUCUCCGCUCUGGAAGAAUCCGAAGCAGACUCCGGCUCCCAGCCAGGACCAGAAUACUCCGUCAAAUGGCUCGACUUUGGCACCGCCAUGAAAGAAGCCGGGUUCUCAAUCUUGCCUAGUCUUGGGUCUUUGUAUACCUUUGUGCCUGGCGAGGCUUCUGAUGUGCCCACGUUCUUUACUAUUCAUCGUCCGUAUCGAUCCGUCAUUCAUGGAGAUAGGUUGCUUCUUCUUGCGCUUCGGUUGAAAAUGUUGUAUGGAUGGAGCAAGGAGACUUUUGAGGCGGAGUGA